CCGGGCGGACCGAGCCGCUAGGCGCUCCCCGCGGCUCCCACCCGGCGGCGGCGGCGGAGGCAGCGGCGGAGGCAGCGGCAGAGGCAGCAGCAGUGGCGGCGCGAUGGUUUCCGACGCUGAAGGAUUUUGCAUCUGAUCGCUCGGCGUUUCAAAGAAGCAGCGAUCGGAGAUGGAUGUCUCUCUCUGCCCGGCCAAGUGUAGUUUCUGGCGGAUUUUCUUGCUGGGCAGCGUCUGGCUGGACUAUGUGGGCUCCGUGCUGGCGUGCCCUGCGAAUUGUGUCUGCAGCAAGACGGAGAUCAAUUGCCGGCGGCCGGACGAUGGGAACCUCUUCCCGCUCCUGGAAGGGCAGGACUCGGGCAACAGCACCGGGAACGCCAGCAUCAACAUCACGGACAUCUCAAGGAACAUCACUUCCAUACACAUAGAGAACUGGCGCGGCCUGCACACGCUCAACGCCGUGGACAUGGAGCUGUACACGGGCCUGCAAAAGCUGACCAUCAAGAACUCAGGACUUCGGAGCAUCCAGCCCAGAGCCUUUGCCAAGAACCCCCACCUGCGCUACAUAAACCUGUCAAGUAACCGGCUCACCACACUGUCAUGGCAGCUCUUCCAGACGCUGAGUCUUCGGGAAUUGAGGUUGGAGCAGAACUUCUUCAACUGCAGCUGCGACAUCCGCUGGAUGCAGCUGUGGCAGGAGCAGGGCGAGGCCAAGCUCAACAGCCAGAACCUCUACUGCAUCAGCGCCGAAGGCGCCCAGCUGCCCCUGUCCCGCAUGAACAUCAGCCAGUGUGACAUCCCGGAGAUCAGUGUGAGCCACGUGAACCUGACCGUGCGGGAGGGCGACAACGCCGUCAUCACGUGCAAUGGCUCCGGCUCGCCCCUGCCCGACGUGGACUGGAUGGUCACCGGGCUGCAGUCCAUCAACACCCACCAGACAAACCUAAACUGGACCAACGUGCACGCCAUCAACCUGACGCUGGUCAACGUGACGAGCGAGGACAACGGCUUCUCCCUGACGUGCAUCGCGGAGAACGUCGUGGGCAUGAGCAACGCCAGCGUCGCCCUCACCGUCCACUACCCCCCGCGCGUGGUGAGCCUGGAGGAGCCCGAGCCGCGCCUGGAGCACUGCAUCGAGUUCAUGGUGCGCGGCAACCCGCCGCCGACGCUGCACUGGCUGCACAAUGGGCAGCCCCUGCGCGAGUCCAAGAUCAUCCGCGUGGAGUUCUACCAGGAGGGCGAGGUGUCCGAGGGCUGCCUGCUCUUCAACAAGCCCACGCACUACAACAACGGCAACUACACCCUCAUCGCCAAGAACCCGCUGGGCACCGCCAACCAGACCAUCAACGGCCACUUCCUCAAGGAGCCCUUCCCGGAGAGCACGGAUCCCUUUGACUCCAUCUACGAAGUGAGCCCCACACCGCCUAUCACUGUGACCCACAAGCCAGAGGAAGACACUUUUGGGGUGUCCAUCGCCGUGGGGCUCGCCGCCUUUGCCUGCGUGCUGCUGGUGGUCCUCUUCAUCAUGAUCAACAAGUACGGCCGGCGGUCCAAGUUCGGGAUGAAGGGUCCCGUGGCCGUCAUCAGCGGGGAGGAGGACUCGGCCAGCCCGCUGCACCACAUCAACCACGGCAUCACCACGCCCUCGUCGCUGGACGCCGGGCCCGACACGGUGGUCAUCGGCAUGACCCGCAUCCCGGUCAUCGAGAACCCGCAGUACUUCCGCCAGGGCCACAACUGCCACAACCCCGACACCUGGGUCUUUUCAAACAUAGACAAUCAUGGGAUAUUAAACUUGAAGGACAAUAGAGACCAUCUAGUCCCAUCAACUCACUAUAUAUAUGAGGAACCUGAGGUCCAGAGUGGGGAAGUGUCUUACCCAAGGUCACAUGGUUUCAGAGAAAUUAUGUUGAAUCCAAUAAGCCUUCCUGGACAUUCCAAGCCUCUUAACCAUGGCAUCUAUGUUGAGGAUGUCAAUGUUUAUUUCAGCAAAGGACGUCAUGGCUUUUAAAAAAAACAAAACUCCUUUUAAAGCCUCCCUGUUCUGAUGCCGCCUGGGUAGGCUGGCCCUUCUGAGAGGUUGGAAGCUCUAGGCCUUGUUCUCUUUGGAUCCGGGGAUGCUAAGUAGAAACUGCAUGAGCCAUGGGUGCCUGCACCCUUGACCACCACCGAGACGGGAGUUCCCCAUCCACCCUGCAGGGCUGCCCUCUCCCUCCAGCCAUCACUGUGUACCUCUUUGUCUGGCCUCCGAGGCAGCUCCCGACGCCAUCUUUAGAGCCAAUAAAGAGAAUUCCAGACCUGUGCACCAGGAACCAUCCUGUAAACACGCUAGCCAUUCUCUUUCUUUGCAAAAAAAGACCCAGCCAUCACAAGCAAGCCUGCUGAAGUCCAGCUUCGCUCCGGCCUCACUUGCCCUGCCUGGAAGCCGGGGGUCUCCCUGGCUCAUCUCUGAGCCACCUCGUCACCCGCAGCCUCCGGUGGGGAAGAGCAUCUAAGCAGAGGUGGAGCCGGCGGUGCGAGGAGGGGGAGCCAGGCCCGAGCAUUGGCGCCAGAUUAGGCCUCAGAGGAACGAGUGAAAACCCAGGUGUUCUCUGCGCUUUUAUUUUUGGUGGAGAAAACCAGACCGUGUAUUUUUGGACACAGUUCCCCCUGCUUCCUCUUCUCUGGAGCGGCCCCCAGUGCGUGUGGCGUUAGAAACUCCUCGGAGGGUAGGACCCCGGGGUCCUCCCUGGCACCUGGGGCUGCAGGAGGUCCUGCCUGUGGACUGGCCGACCAGGGACCAAGGCCCUUUCUGGUAGUCCGUGAUCCCAGGAUUCUGUCUCUUCCCCGUUUCACUGGUUCUUGACUCUGAGCACUUGUGGAACCCAGUGGAAUCACCACGUCAAGGCCAAGAGGAGCUGAAGGGGAAGAGAAGUAAAACCAGGCCUCCCCCAACCCCUCCCGUGGCGCCAGUGGAAGUGUCAUCCUGCUCCCUGGUCACGAUGUGCGCGCACCUUGCUGGCUCUGGCUCAGGCCUUUCCCCACGACUGCCCUCUCCCAACGCGGAGGUCCCCUGCUUUGAUUUUUUUUUUUUUUUUUUAAAGGGGGCACAGUUGUAAGGUCUGAACCUCUCCCAGAUUUGCUGCCACAGUGGUGAGAGGGCUUUGGCGUGGGCCCAGCGACCACCGCCACGGUACCUCUGUUGUGGGGAGUCAGCCCCGGCUGCCCCCGGGUGGUGGAGAGCCUGGAGCAGGUGCCUCCGCCGGGGCGGGCCUGGAGCCCCAUGGUGGGGGAUUGAACCCACGGAGUUUGGGUGGCGAUGCACAGCACUCGGUCACAGAGUCUCCGCCUUGGGCAGACUUGCCUGGGGGUGGUGAGGAUUCCCUCUUAGGAUUGAGGUCCUGGUCCUGUGCGUGCAUGGUGGCUCUUCGUACCAAACGCCCAGCGUGAUUCUGCAGACGCUCCCAUGGGGUUUACAGACUCCAUGUUCUUGCCCAGUAUCUGGGGUGGUCUCCCAGGCACCCGAGUCCCAAGUAUCAUCCGGGGAUUCGGGGUCUCUCCAGGGCCACACGAGGUGUGUGCUUGUCCGGCCCCUCCCAGCUCCCCACCACCCUGCGCCCCCUGCUUCGUGUCAGGCUGUUCCCCACUGUGUCCCGCCAGCCCCUGGGCCAGGCCUCCUCCUGAGUGCGGCUUUAAGGCGCGAGCUUGAGGGUGAUGUUUUUAAUUAUUGUGAUCAUUACCUCAUUUCCAGCCUCCCAGGCUCCAUCCAUCCAGCAUCUUUUACUCUGCCAUUUUCCUCACCUUGUGCUAUCACAAUGGGGCGUUGUGUUUCCACAGAGACUUAUAGGAGUGUUCAGUGUAUAGUUUCUUAAUAAACACUUUAUUUUCUAAUGAAA